UAUACUCGGCCUCGAGUCGAUUUAGUUUAGUACGCAAGGAGCGACCGACGCGAACGGACGUCGCGACGCUCGACACCGUGCCGGCAUUAUUAUAAAACACUUUUCAAAAAUAUUCACGCGUCCUACGGAACCGUCCUCAGUUUUCUAUCGUAAUUAUCAGUUGGACAGUAUUAUACGAGACUAUAUUUUCUAUACGUUUAUCAAGUGAAAAGUAUUAGCAGUGUGAUAAUGGUUGCUUCGUGUUAGUGCUGUGGAAUGUAUUGCAUUUGUUAGUUCUACUACAACUGUUGUAUAAUGUCGAAGACUUUGAACGCCUACAGAAUAAAGAAGAUCGAAUCCCUAGGCAGGAUGACGGCGAUGACGCAGGAGGAAAUGGUGGCCGGUGCGCGCACCGUGGCCGCGGGGCUCGAGGCGCUGCGAGCUGAGCAUGCACAGCUGCUGGCCGGGCUGGCUGCCAACACAGAGCAUGAGCACGAGAAGGCGGCUCUCGUGAGGAAGAGCAUUGAUGCCAUCGAACUCGGAUUGGGUGAAGCGCAGGUGAUGAUGGCGCUAGCCUCCCACUUACAAUCGGUGGAGGCUGAGAAGCAGAAGCUCCGCACGCAGGUGCGGCGGCUGUGCCAGGAGAACGCGUGGCUGCGAGACGAGCUGGCGGCCGCGCAGCAGCACCUGCAGGCCUCCGAGCAGCGCGUGGCGCAGCUCGAGGAGGAGAACAAACACCUCGACUUCAUGGCUUCUAUGCGCAAGUACGACAGCGAUAUAACGGAGGAGUCGGACACGAACCGCAGCGGGCAGAGUGAGAAGAAGCGCGACGAUCCCAUGGUGGACCUGUUCCCCGAUGAUGACCACGACGACAACAGGAAUAACAAAUCAAUGUCCCCGACGCCUCCGCUGCACUUCGCGCAACAAGUGAACGCGGGCUACGAGAUCCCGGCGCGGCUGCGCACGCUGCACAACCUGGUGAUCCAGUACGCGUCGCAGGGCCGGUACGAGGUCGCCGUGCCGCUCUGCAAGCAGGCCCUCGAGGACCUGGAGAAGACCUCCGGACAUGACCACCCUGAUGUCGCCACCAUGCUCAAUAUACUCGCUCUUGUAUACAGAGACCAGAACAAGUACAAGGAGGCUGCCAACCUGCUGAACGAUGCGCUGUCCAUCCGCGAGAAGACGCUCGGAGAGAACCACCCCGCCGUCGCAGCCACGCUCAACAACCUCGCCGUGCUCUACGGCAAGCGAGGCAAGUACCGCGAGGCAGAGCCGCUGUGCAAGCGAGCGCUAUGUAUCCGCGAGGCCGUGCUGGGCAGGGACCACCCCGACGUGGCCAAGCAACUCAACAACCUCGCACUGCUCUGUCAGAACCAGAAUAAAUACGAGGAGGUGGAGCAGUACUACCAGCGCGCGCUGGAGAUCUACGAGAGCAAACUCGGACCCGACGACCCCAACGUAGCCAAGACCAAGAACAAUCUCGCCUCUUGCUAUCUCAAACAGGGCAAGUACAAGGAAGCAGAAACGUUAUACAAACAGGUGCUGACCCGGGCACACGAGCGGGAAUUCGGAACUAUCGACGGCGACAACAAGCCCAUCUGGCAGGUGGCCGAGGAACGCGAGGAGAACAAACACUUGCAGAAGGAAAACGCUCCGUAUGGAGAGUAUGGAGGCUGGCACAAGGCUGCUAAGGUGGACUCCCCAACAGUGACAACGACGCUGAAGAACCUGGGCGCCCUCUACCGGCGCCAGGGCAAGUACGAGGCCGCUGAGACGCUCGAGGACUGCGCGCUCCGCAGCCGGAAGGAGCACGUACAGCAAGCUUUGGACAUCGUGAAGCAGUCGCGGGCUCGGGGCGGGCGGCACGGCAGCCGCGACGCCAUGGAACCGCACCAAGACCAUCACGACGAGGGCGCGAACCAAGCGAGCGAACCACGCAUGAACCUUAAGUCAAAGCUGUUCAAUGCGCUAGGCAUCAACACUGGGAGCAAUCCGCCGCACCAGUAGCCACUAUCCACCAGCCACGUAGAACUACACUAGAUAUAAGUUGUCACUCGCUUCACGCACGUGGUCCUUGCUAACUGUUGCGAGGGUGGGCAGUGGAGUUCUAGAUGUUAACUGGACUAUUUCAUUGAGAUUAUGAUAGUAGUAUCAUUGACUUUUUGAGAUUAGAAAGUAUAACAUACAAGUUGUCCAUUAAACGGAUGCUAUCCAAAAAUGUCCAGUUAACUUGGUGCACCAGAACACCACUGCCUACACCCCGCACAUGAAUGUCCGCUCACUAUAAAGGAUCAAGUGCGUCCCACACUUAAUUUGCCGACAUUUUGAAUUUCUUGUCCAACAAAAAAUGCAAUCUUCACAAUGGCCUAAGCCAAGUUUUAUUCAAAUAAAAGCAUUUUAUAUAACAACAAGUUCAAAAUGUUCGUGUAGUAGCUUAGUAUUAUUUAUUAGCAUGCGAUAUAAUUUUAGUAAAAAUAAAAGAUUUUCAAAAAAAUUAAUAAAAAAAAUAUAAAUUACAAAUGAUCGUGUGAUAGGAGCAUGCCAGUGAGCCGUCCCGCUGUAGUAUACAAUAUUAUAUUCAUACAUAAAGUAUCCAGACGGCGCGUGUUUGCUGUUUUAUAUGGUGACGCUAAGUCAUUUGUUGCUGUAGUACCUUUUAUGUAACCAACUCACAAGUAUUACAUCGGUAACUAUAACAAUGGUGCAUUUUUCACAUACCGUGCUAUCAUGUGAAUUCUAGUGAAAAAGUAUUAAGCUCACGUUGGUUACAUAAAAUGUACUACAAUUAUAUUAUGAGAAUUUAUAAGCUGAAUUUUGCAUUUAAUAAAUCAUUGAAAUAUUUAUAUAAAUAUCAUUAUUAUUAUCUACAUAUUUUUAUUUUAUUAAUAAUUAAUUUGCGCAUGUUUAAACAACGAUUUUAUUCGCUUACAAUAUCAAUUUUAAUUUACUGAUUGUAUGUUUAUCGAUGUGUCUUCUUUGUCAAGAAGAAUGCAUGAAUGUCAAUUUUAUUAUUGUGAGCGUCUGGCUUCACUCAACCUAGGGAAAGCGUAGUUUUCAAACACAAUCUUAGGGUAAAUCUAGUUUUAAUUCAUUUAAUAAUAAUAAUAUGUAUACCCAUGCUAUAUGGGAAUGUACGCAACGUAUUUUUACGCGGGAUAUUUGCGGAGUCAAUGUCAUGAACAUUGAUCACAAACGGUUGAGUCGAGCCGUGUCAUCUGUCUACAGUCAUGUGUUGUCACCGUCAUCAGUAAUUUUAUGCUUAACUUUCAUUCCAGUGUUAGCGUAUAUCGAUCUAAGCUUUAUGUGAGAGUAGGUAAUAUAAUUAUUAUUAUAGUAUUUUUAUAUACACUGAAUUUCUUUUAAACUAUGGGGGUGCUUGAAAUGUGGAUUAUUUUUAUGUACAUUAGAUUACAAUAUCGGCAUAACGUUAACAGUUUUUUCAAAGAAUCUCCCUCUAAUAACCGCCACGUCACAGCAUUGAGAAUUAUUUUUUUAUUGUCUCGAUACGUCGAAUGAUAAUUAUAAAAAUUGUUAAUAAAUAUAAUUUAUGUAACAUUA